UCAUGCACAGUAUAAGACUAUUAAAGGUCUUAACCUCUGCUCUUUCGUAGCCUCUUUAAAAUGGCAUUCAAACGGCAUAAAUCUCGUUUAAACACGGUCUCUCAUUGGCUAAGACAGAACUGGUAACAGACAAGCUCGAUAUAAAACUUUGGCCAACAAUAGAUGCUUGCUAUACUUCGUUGUUUGUAAACAUACUCGCACGAGCGACGAAAACAGUCGUCUUGAAAAUUGGCAGAAUACUCAGCACACAAGUGCGAGCCCGUGUCCUCGAAGGCUGGGUUGAAAAUUCGAUGUGAUUGGUAAUUCGGAUAUCAAUUCUCUUCCUAACGUAGUGUUUGUCAUUUUCAGUGACUAGUGUUACAGUGCAAGAAACAAGCUCUGUAUUACAGCCACAGAGGUUUAAGUUCAGUCGUUUGAAGGUAAGCUUUUGAAGUUGAAGAAAACUCACAGUGCUUGGCUGUCGAAACUGAGGAAGCCUCCAAAAGCUGUUAAGAAGAUUUUAGAAUUUCUCAACAACGAACUCGAUCCCAACCUAAAUAUUUUAGUGGAAUUCAUAACAUAGACCGAAAAGUUCAUCUGGGUUGUCAAUACCAAAAACUCUCAGCAAGUGUUAGCUUUUCGACUAAAUUCGAGAAUCGAUACUUUGACGUUAAUUCUGUUGGCGAUCCUGUUUCAAAAUGGCAAUUCCUUGGUUCUUUCUUUCUCUCUUCACAACCGCACUCGCCUGGCAAACGUCCUACCCCUACGACAGAAGGGCAAAAUGCGAAAAAAUCGUAGUGCCUUUGUGCAGAACAAACGAAUCGAAAUACGACCAAACUCGACUGCCAAAUUUCUUCGCCAUCCCUGAUCAAUUCAACGUACAACUCUUCACCGAAAAGCCCAAAAUACAGGAACUGGUCAAAACUAAAUGUUCAGAGGAUCUCGUGUUCUUCUUGUGCUCUGUGCUCCUGCCUAUCUGUAUUUCUGAAUCGUCAUCCACGAUGGUGCCACCGUGUCGAAGUCUUUGCGAGAACGUCUACAGAGAUUGUAUACAAAGCAUUACGAGGUUGAACUUUACUUGGCCAGGUAAUCUGAACUGUAGCGGAUUGCCUGAUCACAACGAAGGAAUCUGCAUCGCUCCGAAUGCCUUCGUCGGUACGACAACACCGAUGCCAACAACGCCGGCUCCACAACAACUGAAGUUUCAUUGUCCCAAACGUUCUCAAGUGUCCUCGCGUCGAAAAAGUAUCAAUCAAGCCUUUUUAAGGAAAUAUGAUUACGUUUUCCAUGCGAGAAUAGGACGACGUCAAGGUAACGUUGCAAUCCUCGCUCGAUCAUCCUGCACAAACAUCGCCUCACACCAGAUACAGUUGAAAGUGUCAUGUAGAAAGAAAUUCAGAAGAGUCAAUGGAGAAGUUCUGAUUUUAGCAAAGAAGGGAAAAAAGCACAUGACAAUCGAGAAGCUAAUGGUUAGACUGAGCAAAAACGACAUGAAUAAGGCAAUAAAAAGACACACAUGCUCCUCAAAGAAAAGAAAAAAUAAUGGUUAAGAUGAAAAUGGAAACAUAAUGUUGUUUGAAAGGCGUUUGGAGCUUCACUAUAGCAAACCCCAGUUGUAAAUAUAUCCACAUUAAUAUAAGAUUAGUUUUAGACGAUAAUGGAUUUGUAUUUUAAAGACCAGUUUCCCUUUUGUUUAUUUUAACACAAAAAUGGGAUUUUUAUGUUUGUGUGUAGAUCUUGUAUUGUAACUUUAAUUUGGUGAACAAUUGUUUGUGUCUUAGGCGCUCGAGAAAAACCCACUUAGUUUAGGAGACCGCAACUAAAAUUUGCAGUGAUUGGUUUGUAUAUGUUGUCGUGUGUAUUGCCAGAUCAUUAUAACAUAAAGUACUAUACAUAGUUAUCUUAUAAUCAUGAUUAUAUGACUGUAUCAAAUACAUCACGUUAUGUUUAAAGUGAAUAAAACUAUUUUGUUAAACAAUA